AUGGGCUACCUCAUCACUGCGCUACGAGACGAAGCGGCUAAUGCGGUACAAGGCCUUCAGUGGACUCACGGACCAUACGAGAUGGCGAUUUCAGUCCUACGUGAUCGUUUCGGGAGUGAAAACAUCUUAGUUCAAGAACACUGGAAGAGCCUCGCAGACAUUAAGCCUGUACAUUCCAGUCCACAAGUCUCCCAGCUCCGACGACUCCACCACUCCAUGCAAGCGCACAUCCGGGGCUUAGAAUGCUUGGGCACAUCUACGGAGUCUUACUGUUCAAUGUUAUAUUCGCUGCUGCUUCGCGCCAUUCCGGGAGAUAUGGCGCUGAAGUUUAAUCGCGUGCUUGCAGACAAGCCGUCGACAUCCGUGUCCACCGGACUGCCAUUUCACCUUGAAGGAUUACAGUCACUGCUGACUCUCUUGCACAACGAGAAGAAGCACCGUGAGGAGUUAAGUACCCGAUUCGAGAGGAGCGCCUGCAACGAUAGUACAGGGUCACAGUUCUCCCAGAUUGCAAAGACUGACGGCGCCAUUCGAGAAUAUCUGACCUCAGGUGUAUCUGAAAAGGUCAGAGAUGAAAUGAACGAAAAUGCUCGUGAAGAACUUGUGUAUUACAUCCCACAUCAUGCUGUAAUGAAGGAAGAAAGCGUGACAACGGAAACAAGGAUAGUCUUCGAGGCUUCUUCUCAUGAAGGCUCCGCCACACCACUCAGUGACAACUUGGAUCCCGGUUGUGACCUGAACCCGGAUACUUUAGCUCUUUUAGUGAAAUUAAGACUGUAUCCCAUUGCCUUAAUCGCCGACGUUCAAAAGACGUUUCUUCAAAUUGCCAUUCGACCUGAAGACACAGACACGCUGCGAUAUCUUUCGUAUGAGACGUCGCCCCAGGAGGGAAAACGACUGCCUAAGAACUCGAUCUACGUCGAGGACGUUAUUUUGGGAGCCGCAAGCCCUGAGGAGGCAGAACAGGUGUACCUACAGGUUCACCAGGUCUUCCACAAGGCUUUUAGGAAGCUCCAUAAAACAGGCAUCACGUUGUCCCGAAAUGCGCUCCAGAUUCUGGUGUGA